CACAAUCGGUUCUUUUCUCAUCUCAUAGUCACUAGGUCGGGCGCCGCCAUUUCAGGCAAUUGAAUAAAGCAUGAACGAAGGCGGUCACAUGAGUGACAACUCAGCUUCAACGGGAGUUAAGAGAAGUGCUGAAGGCAGUAUGGAUGCGGGACAAAAAAAGAUGAAGGUAGAAGAAAACCCAGUUUCAAGGGUUUUACACAUUCGAAAUAUUCCAAGAGAUGUUUCAGAAUCUGAGAUCAUUGCUCUUGGUACUCCUUUUGGUAGAGUCACCAACAUUCUGUACAUGAAAAAUAACCAGCAAGCACUCUUAGAGCUGGAGGAUGAGAGCUCUGCAGAGAAAACUGUUAACUACUAUACGUUUGUCACACCAACAAUUGGGUCACAACCAGUUUACAUUCAAUUCUCAAAGCACAAGGAGCUUGUUGUUUCGAAUCCAUCCCAGGCAUUGACUGCUGCUGCAUCUGAAAACUCAGAGUCAUCCUCAAAUACAGUGCUUCAUGUAACAAUUGAACAUUUGAUCUACCCAGUCACAGUUGAUAUUUUGCAUCAAAUAUUCUCCAAAUAUGGAACUAUUUUGAAAAUUGUCACAUUUACAAGAAGUGGCCAAUACCAAGCUUUGGUUCAAUACCAGUCAGGCCAUUCUGCAGAGCAGGGGAAAAAGAAUCUUGAUGGGCAGAAUAUUUACACUGGGUGCAAUACACUGAGAAUAAAAUUUUCAAAACUUACUAACCUGAAUGUGAAAUAUAACAAUGAGAAAAGCAGAGACUACACCAGGCAAGAUUUGCCGUCUGUUGAAAAUGGUCGUGGAGUUGAUCCUGCAGUUGGCCUUUCCCUUGGUGCAGCUGGUUUGGUGCCAUUGCCAUUUGGUGCAACUGCUGUCACUGGUAUUCCGGCUCUUCUUGGAUCUGGCACUGUUUUGCAGCAAGGAAUUGCAAAUCUACAUGGUCUUCCACUUGGUUCGAAUCAGCACAUGGCACAAGGCAAUUAUAUGAGACAAGGCGGACCAAAUAUUUUUGCAAAUCUACAUGGUCUUGCACUUGGUUCGAAUCAGCACAUGGCACAAGGCAAUUAUAUGAGACAAGGCGGAAGUGUUGUGUUUGUGAGCAAUUUGGACGAAGAGCAAGUCUCCUGUGAUGAUUUAUUCAUUCUUUUUGGGCAUUAUGGUGAUGUGCACCGCGUGAAAAUUUUGUUCAACAAAAAGGACAGUGCACUCAUCCAAUUCGCAGAUGGCAUGCAAGCCCAAACAGCACAACAAAAUCUGAAUGGCAUUCGCAUAUUUGGUAAGGAGAUACGGGUUUCAAAAUCAAAACAUACAACUGUCAAUAUGCCAAGAGAUGAAGACGUGGACCGAGAACUAACGAAAGAUUUUUCUGAUUCUCCACUUCACAGAUUCAAGAAACCAGGAUCAAAAAAUUUCCAGAAUAUCUUCCCACCAAUUAAAACGCUCCAUUUGUCAAACAUACCGGAAGAGACAACCGGAGAAGAGUUGGAGGAUUUGUUUGGCAGCUACGGGGCGGUGGCGAAUUUCAGAUUUUUCCCGAAGGACAAAAAAAUGGCACUUAUGCAAAUGUCAUCGGUCGAAGAAGCGUGUCAAGCUUUGAUGAAAUUCCACAACUUCAAACUCUCAGAUACCAACCACCUCCGGGUUUCAUUUGCAAAGAACGAGAUGUAACCCUGCUUGCAGUCAUUCUGAACAAAUCCCUAUCUGUGUAGCAAUCAGCUACUGGUAUCAGAACUUUUUAUUAUUGAGUAUAUCGCUAGAGAAACUGUGUACCAUUUUUUCACAUAUUUGUUAAUAGAUUUUUAUGAUAAGUUUCGUCCUUUCAUAUUAUUUGUAGUUAGCAGGCUGAAAGAGCUGGAGGCCAUAGGUAAACCACAGUCUACAGGGAUUCCAAAAAAGUUCAGUCAGGGUGUAUUUCGGCUUCUUUGCUUGAAUAUGUUUUGGUCACAGUGGUUGGUGUACAUGGUGGAUGUUUUGCAUAGUCGUGCCGAGAAGCAUAAUAACUAUGCUGUGUCGCUCUUCGAAUCAUGUGCGUUUUCAUAUUAUUCAGGUUGAACGAUCAAUCGUUGUAGAAAUACCCACUGCUUAUUUCAAUAUGAUAUACAGACUCGAGUCCACUUGAAUUGGACUGAAGACUAAGACACUCCAGAAUUGGUUUAAAUUGAGUGGUCUUUGAACGGUUAACCUUGUAUUUUAAUAUAAAGCAUAGUUAACUUUGCUUGUGAAGAUAGAAAAGUUUUGUUACCGCUUUUGUUAGCACAUGUAAUUAAUUAAAGGUGAACACAAGCUUGCAAGUAACAGGUAGAUAUUUGUGAAUUUCGUUUAGAAUAUCUCCUUGCUUUGCCCAACAA